AUGCCGACCUCGCAGAGCGACCGGGUGGCCAUUCUGCGGAGCCAUCGUGUUCGAUGGUUUGUGGUCGGCUGGCUAGCUUGGUUGAGCAUUUCUGGUGCGCUGGUGAUCGCACUAGCACCGUCUUCUCCCGUCAUAAUCGCCGUCCUCUCUGGAGUAUGGGUCUUGUCAGUCACCGGUACCAUCGCAGUAUCCUUCCUGCUGCUGUUGGCAUCACCUACCACUGAGCGCAACAAGCCAUUGUGGCUUCGACUGAAAAGCAAGUAUAGCCGCAACUUGGGGAGUACUGUCAUAACCCUGUUCGCGGCGGCGGUCACGCUACCCAUUCUGUACUGGAGUCUCUGGGAUCCCGAGCGCAGGCGGAACGUUAUUACGUUUGAUCGUGAUACUGUGGUAGGUCACCCCCAACUUCACACCCUAUUCUUGAACCACUGUCUCAUCAGUAUUGAAACCUCGCAGGACAGCGUUCUCUUCCCCUCGAUCACCCUCUUCCAACGAGCCGACUGGACAUCGCAGGCCAACCUCGAAGUUGACCCACCCCCCAAGUGUUUCCUGGGAUGGCACAACGAAACCGCCCCAGACUGCGAUAUCACUUCAACAUCAUACACCGGAUCUUGCCAAUGCAGCAACAGAUGGAGUGACAGAAUCGAAGACUUUGAGUGGCAAAACACCAGCUACCGCGCCUUCACUCUGACGUCGUCCCUCUCGAUGGUGUCUCCAAUGCCAACAUACCAAAUGAUCGUCCAAGCGUUCUUUACCUAUGACACCACCAAAGCCCGCACCGACGCCUCCCGCGUUCUCUCCCCCAGCCUCUGGAUCGCCGUUUACGACCCAACAUUGACAGUCCGAGAAGCACUAGAGAACGGCUACACCCGCAUGGUUCUUAUCAAUGCCAACGGUAUGACUGCUCUGAAUCUCGGACUCAACUACCGCGAGGCGUUGGGCCAUGCACCGGCGUAUGACUACCACCUCUCCAUAUCGACAACACCCUCGAUGGAUUUGCAGUGCGACACAUCUGAUGCAAAGGGAGCAUCAGGGCUGUGCUGGUUGAGCUUGUUUCUGCAGUUUCCGAGUUUCGAGAGGCAGGUGUCGCGGCAGGAUGUUGCGAUGAAGUGGCAGGAUGUCGCGGCUGAUGCUGGUUCGUGGUUUGCGCUGUUUCAAUUGCUGGGGUGGAUUACUUCUGGGUUGGCGUGGUAUAAGGGGUGA